AGCCUGAGUUUAGGAGCUGCUGGUAUGCUGCGCCCUAAGGCUUUGACCCAAGUGCUAAGCCAGGCCAACACUGGAGGCGUCCAGAGCACCCUGUUGCUGAAUAACGAGGGAUCACUGCUGGCCUAUUCGGGUUACGGAGACACUGACGCCAGGGUCACCGCAGCCAUCGCCAGUAACAUCUGGGCCGCCUACGACAGGAACGGGAAUCAAGCAUUCAACGAAGAUAAUCUCAAAUUCAUCCUCAUGGAUUGUAUGGAGGGCCGAGUGGCCAUCACCCGAGUGGCCAAUCUUCUGCUUUGUAUGUAUGCCAAGGAGACUGUGGGCUUCGGAAUGCUCAAGGCCAAGGCCCAGGCCUUGGUGCAAUACCUGGAGGAGCCCCUCACCCAAGUCGCAGCAUCAUAAUGUGUAUAGAGGGGAUCGGAGAAUAUAGAUGACCAUUUGGAGGGGCAGGCCCCUUGGGAAAGCCUUCCUGGGCUGUGGUGGGAGGAUUAGCUUUUGUUUUUUUCAAGAAUAAACUGAAAUUCUUGU